UUUCGCCGCAGCGACCCGUCUCUUACACACCACCCCAUUCAAACCCUCGACAACACACCUUUAUCAACACCACCGCCUGCAUGCAUCAGCCGCCGGAAGAGGGUCGUGCAAACGGUACCGGUGAGCAGAUUGAAUUACAACCGGGCUCUAUGGGCCGUGGCCGCGGCGGCAUCCCUCGCGGGCGCGGCGCAAAGAAACGAACCUCGCUUCCCUCUCACUCUUACUCUAACUAUUCUGCUGAAGCUCAUCCCUUUUCCGACUCGGCCAAACCGAGCACUCCCGAGCCAUCCUCCCUGCCUCCACCACAGCGGAUGGCGUACACGGCGCCGCAGCGAGGGGGUAAGGCCCGGCAGGUUGGCAACAUGACAACGCCCCAUCGCGCCUCGUCGCCCGCGGCUGACCAGGCAUUGCGUAUCGCCGCUGCGAAGUCCGAGCGGCCACCGCGCAGCUCCACGUUUCACUCAUUCUCAUUCAGCGGCGAGUCGCCGUCAACAGCCGGCUCCAUCAUGGCCGCCGGCGACCCUCCGCGUAAGCGGUCAAGAACGUUUGAGGCGUCUUAUGACGGCGGCGCCGACGACGAAGGACAUUCGAAGGGCGGCCAUUCCCUGCGAAAACGGGCUCGUAUCGACUACACCCAGGAGAUGGUUGAUGAUGACCUCGGUCUCCCUGCAGGUGCCAGGACCGAGCCGGCCGUAAAGCCCGCCUCCACUCCCGGCGCCCGUGGUAGCCGCAAGAGGAAAGGCGGCCAGGACGAGUCCGAUGAAGAAUCAGAAGAUUUUUCUUCCAACCCCAAGCGCCACCGUGCCGACAAAUCUCCAGCACCAGCCCGCCUGUCGUCAUCUCGCAGGCGCAAUCCGUCCAAGAAACUGUCUGCAGAUCUAACCCCUUUCGUCGACCAAGCGUCCGACAAUGAGGUGCAGGACACCAUUCUUGUCAGUGUACCCGACACUGGCCCGGACGCUCCGUCGGAGGAGGAUUCGGAGCGCUCGGUUCAGGAUGCCGAGUCUCGUCCAGCAUCUUCAGAUGGGAGCGAACCUGGUCGCACUGAGGUUCCGUCGCCGACCCCCCAGGUGCAGCAGCAUCCAUCAUCAGUUCAUCACGAUGCCGCUCCCAGAGCAGUAGAUGGUGAGCCAAUCAGGGAGGAAAAGAAUCCUGAGCAACCCCACGACGAACCGCACAAGGCUCCUGUGCUCACCUCGGCGACCAUUGGCUCCGCCGAGGCUGAGCAGCCCAUGGAGGAGGAGGGACCGGUAAAUGAGAAUCAACCUUCCGGCGUUAGCGUGCCCGAGGUUGCCCAAGACGUUUCAGCGCAGACUGUCGAGGUCGGUCCGGGCCAGCAGAGCCUUGAGCAACCAAAUGGCGGGGACGACGAGCCAUCACACCAAGGGCCAGCAGCAACAGAACCGACAACCGGAUUCACCAAGCCAACUCCCACCCCUGCACCCGAACCCCAGCUAGCAGUUGAUUCCACGGCGCAGCGGGUCCCGCAAGGUGACGGCCACACAGAGUCUCGAACCUCGUCAUUCGAGGGGUCAAAACCCGCAGGUCCCACAAGACUUAAGGCGCUGGAGCACAUCUACAAAAUCGAGACGCCAUUUGCAAUUCAUUUGAAGUUGACUCCGUACGAGGAUGAGGACACGCCCCUCCCAGGCCCCUACACGGAGUGGGUGUACCCAGCCAAAACGGGGAAAGCCGAGUCGAGUCCUGCUCCGGCGGCCGUAGCCACCCUCUCGACGGCCAAGAAAAAGACGGUCGACGUUGAAUGGGACCCCAGCCGUCCUCUGAAGGCCAGCGAGUUCUUUGCCCUUUAUCGCAAGGAAUCGAAGCGACGGCAAGAGAAGGGCGAGCCAACUAUUUCCAUGGUGGAAUUCAACAACGAGUGUGUUCGGCGAUACAAGGCCGCCAACGCCCAAAGAUCGCCCUCAGAUACCCCUCCAUCGACGACAGAGAGCACAGCUAGUCCCACAGUUGUGAUCGAGAGGUCGACAGCGGCAGAUGGUGAUGAGACUCCCAGCGAUUCACAGCCGGACGGUUCUCGCCUGCCCACUGCUGCGCCCUCGCCCGCCCCCGCCGAAGACGCCACGGCCCUGGGCGACGCACCCGAGGACGACCAAGACGUGGAGGAGUCCAUUGACGACCCGGCCAAACCCGAUAGUCCUGAGGAACCAAUAGAGGUGACGCGGAUUCCACCGAAACAGUACCUGUUUCCAAAGAUCCGUGACCCGAACGAGUUUGUGGAGGCAUUUGAGGGGUGGCAGGACAUGCCGACGGAGCGCCUCUACGAGACCGUCGCCGCUGCCGUGGAGGCCCUCCAUGUAUAUCAACAGGAAUAUAAUGAACUGAAGAAGAUUCUGGACGAUGAGGAGAACGCGAAGCGCCGCCAGGCGAACGACAAGACGAUCGUCAACUGGGAGAACCGCCAGAGGGCCGACGAGCCGCUCCCCCCACGCCGUCAUUUCGACGACCCAGUCAAGGGCCCCCCGGCGUUCGAAGUGCGCGGGAUGCGCGCCUCCAAGCCCUACAUUGACGACAUGGUCCUCGAGCACCAGAAGGAGGAGGAUCGCAUUAUGGCUAAUGCGUACGGCUUCAAGCUCAAUACCCACCCGACCCAGGUGGGCCGCCAGAACCCGGAAGAGCAGCGUUGGGACAUGCUCGAGAAUCGACUCCGGAAGAGGACGGAGAAAGGAGCAGAGCUGGCUGAAGAGAACGUCGUUGAAGGCAAACGUAUCAGGAAGCCGCGCCAUGUCUCGGACCAAAGCAAAGAUGUCAGCCGGUCUGGCACACCCACGGGUACAGGGAUGUUGGGGCCUGGUCGCCGCCAGAGGCGUAAACCCGCCACUGCCGCCAAUGGCGAAGAUGCCGAGGAUGCGGAACAGAACCAAGCCAGCAACAACUUCUCAGAAUCACCCCGCAAGGGCCGUGCGGCACGUUCACGUCCCGCCAUGCGCGCAGAUGAUCAAGACCAGAUCCCCACGGCGGCUGAGGCAGACGGAAACCGGACGGAAGACGAGGAUGCAGAGGCAGAGGACAGAACCAAAGUCUCGCGUAGACGCGGCCGAGCUGCUGCCGCACCUCUUCCGGAGCCGCCUACGUCCGUUCCCGCUGGGGUUGGCGGCGAGCUAGGCAAGCCGAAACGUGUGCGUGGCGGCAAAGGCUCGCAGGCGAACCACCAGACGAAGGGUGAGAUUGCCAGUUCGUCGUUUUACAGCAACGCCUCGACGCAGCCCGAGUCGAGGCCGUCGACGGCGUCCUCCGAGAGCUCCAGCCAAACGGCCGAGACCAUGGAGUCAACCUAUUCGCUACGAGACAAACGGAGGCGCAACUUUGCGCUUGAGAACGACCCGGAACUUGAAUCUCGCCCCCAGCGACGGGCCCGGGGCACGGCUGCUCCAAAGCAGGAUGCCGCGCCCGAACCUAUCAAGAAGCGCGGGCCGAAGAAGAAGGAACCGGCCGCCCAGGCGCCACCGCCACCCCCGGUCUCCGGUCCAUCGUCCACUCCGCGACCCUCCAGCCCCCCCGCGCUCCAACCGCCUGUAGCCACCAAGUUCUACCAUAACUUCGUGGCUGGCCCGAUGAUGGUGGAUGUGGGCAAUGGCACCCAACAGCAUGUACCCGCGCAGGUAGGACCGUACCUGCAUACCUUCAACGCGGCACCGGCUUUCCUUCCGGGUGCUCAUCCCCAGGCUCCACCCCCGCCGGCGGUGAAGAAGCCAAUCACCAAGAUCAAGCUCACCAACAACAACGGAACAUCAUCGUCGGCGCCCUCGCGGGCAUCGACGCCGGCCAAUGGAACGUCGACCAACACCAAGCCAAAGCGGGCUCGUGGCAAGAAGGGCAAAGCCGGAGCUGACACCCCGGCAACGAAUGGAGACGGCGAACUCGACAAGCCGUACGCCGAGAUGACCAAGUCGGAGAAGAUGAGCUGGUCCAUGCGGAGACGAUGGGCUUCGGGCGAAAUGCAAGGGGCCGUCGAGAAACGGCGCACCACUCUGGCGAUCAAGAAGGCCGAAAAGGCGGCCAGUAACCUCAACCAUGAUACCAGCGACGCGAAUGCAACAAACCAAACGACCGACUCGGGUUCUGCCGGGCCGUCUAACCCAGCCACACCGGCAUCAAUGCACGGGCAGCCCGGGUCUGGGCUGCUGGCUUUACCGCAGGGUCCGCCGAUGAUGCUGCCGCACCCUCCGCCUCCCCAGGGUUUCUUGCACCAGCCGUCCUACCCUUAUUCUAUGCCGCCGCCAUCCGGCCCUCCAAGGCCGAUGCCCUAGGAGACGACGGUAGGUGGUGCAACUUGCCAUGGCGACAACCGCCACACAAGUUCCAAGGUCACGGCUGAGCCGGCAACAUGAUUGCUCACGGGAUGGGCAAGUUCUUGCAACCUCGCGGGGUCCGGGUGUAACACUAAAAAGCAACGUUCGUUUCUGUUCUGUUUUGUUGUUUUCCUACCACUGAUGUUUUGUUUCUUGGCCCUGGAAAAGCUGAUCACAGGACGUGGUUCUUUUUUUCGUUUUACCAGGAUAGCAUGGUACUCUGGGCAUUGGGAAAGGAGCAUGUUUUGUGCAUUUGCAUGGCGCUGACGGUGCAUGGCUUGGUCAUGGACAUCCGAGAACACGAAUUUCUAGGGAUUUGCAUUUUCAUUUGACGUAAUUACAUCCAUAUAUCCCUUAAUAUCGAAUAUCAUUGUCAGGUAUAACUGAGGGGCAGAAAAUACAAUCUUGUUCAUUCGGAGCGUGACUAAGGGAC